AUGCCAAACCAGGAACCCCAGGUCUCUUCGAGCCGCAACGAUCACAUAUGUACCCGGCGCGUGGAGGAGGCUGAGAUUGCAGAAUUGACCAACCAGAGCGGCUUGGCUGCCCACUCUCCUCCGAUUGCCCUGUCUGAAAGUGGACUGUACGAGCCGCGAGUCUAUGCAUUUGGCUUCCUAUCAAGUUCCCAAAGCCAUAGUCUCGGUGCACCAGGUGAUCGCAGCGCCACCAUCCGGGUUGAGGCUGCCGGAAUUGCCUUGAUGCUCUUUCUAUGGCGUAUUGGUCCCGGGGGGGCACAUUGUAGAUCCCGACGUAGUGGCGUACACGACAUUGCUCAGUUACAUCGUAUAUUUAUAUACGAUAUCUUCAUGCAACGCGGACGCAGCUUGAAAUUUGCAAUGUGA